UCUUUCGGCUGCAGAUUGUUUUUGUCGCCCAAGAGGCAAUAUGAAUCAUUGAUUGCACUCUCUGGUGACGUGUGUUUUGUAUGUGCAGUGCGUUUUAAAAUGCCAGCUUUCCACAAAACGCUAGUUACUAGGCAGAAUCGAGAGAAGCGCACAGUUUGUGUGUGCAGAGUUUUUUUGCAGGAGCGUCAGCAUAUUCUUCCCAUUGGCCAAGUCUGUGAACUGAAGGGCGGGGGGAAAUAGCCGACUCUGGUGGGCAUUGUUCGGCUACUAGUCUCAGCAUGCACGUGUGAAGAUGUUUGUAGAUGCCCUGGGUGAUACGUUCGAGCUAAGAUUCGGUGAAAAUUAGGUCAGCACAGUAAACGUGGAGUUUUUCUUCCAGGUAAAUAUUCAUGCUUCGACGAUCAAAACAAAUAUCGCGUUCUAAAGUACACUGAUGUUACGAAACUACAUUUUUUUUCUAACUGGGAUUGUCAUGCCAUUACUUGACAGGUGCAGUGACCUAAUGCACCAACCUUGGUAAAUUGUGUAAGCUUUAUUUGGAUUUCCAUACCUGGAUGGAUGUAACGCAUGAUGAACGCGACAUUAGUCUUUCGCGUAUCUGAAAUCAUUCUGUUCGUUCCAUUCCCCUGAGACAAAAGUGUAGCGAUAUUCUGAAAGGAGGAGCUUACGCGCGCGCCUAGCUCCCGAAAACAGGAGUCAACUGGGGUGGGGUGUGACCCGUAUCACUGGGUCGGCAUGGAGCAGGAGGAGUGUCCUGCGGAGGGACACCCUGUGACCUCUCAAGCGAGGUCGUCGGCAGAAGAGGUGGGCACGGCGACACGGAGGAAGAGGAGGAAGAAGAAGGAGCAAAUGGAAUCCAUCAUCGUGUACCGCUCUGAGGCAGAUGACCAGGAUGAGGAUGGAGCAGAGAGUGGCCUAGGGGAAGGGGGCAAUGUCACUAGCGACAUUGCUGAGGAAGACACCUGGAGCAUGCCCCCAGACAGCCGCUACGUCACCCUGACGGGUACCAUCACCCGAGGAAAGCGAAAGGGUCAGAUGGUGGACAUCCACGUGAGCCUGACCGACAAGGAGCUCCGUGAGAUGGCGCGCUCCAAGGAGCGUCUGGAUGCCGAAUGCGAGGAGGCGGCAGCGGUGGCGGCUGCUGGAGGCUGGGGGCGGCGCCCCUGUGCGGUGGGUCCCGGUCAAGGCCCUCACGUGGUGCUGUGGAGCCUGUCUUGCCUUCCCGUGGUCUUCCUACUCUCCUUCAUCAUCUCGUUCUACUACGGCACGCUCACCUGGUAUAACGUGUUCCUGGUGUACAACGAGGAGCGGACGUUUCUACACAAGGUCACCCUGUGCCCGGUGCUCAUCCUGGCCUACCCGCCCCUAAUCGUGGUGCUGUCCCUGGGCAUGGGGGUGUACGCCGCCGUGGCGCAGCUCUCCUGGGUGUUUGCAGAGUGGUGGCUGGCCGUGAGGGACCUGGAGAAGGGCUUCUGUGGAUGGGCCUGUGGCAAGCUGGGCCUGGAGGAUUGCGCCCCCUACAGUGUGGUGGAGCUACUCGACUCGGACACUCUAUCCGGAAAUCUGCAGUUGAAGAGGGUGGACGAGGCUGACCAGGUGUCCUCGGUCUGAUCUUGCGAUCAAGCUCAAAGCUUUGUGUGUGGUGGUGUGAAUGGGAAGGUAUGAAAACAAACUGUAUGUUAGUUUUUUGUUAUUUUUAUCAAAAGCUCUUUGAAAAGACUCUAAUGAAGCCACUUCUAAACUAUCCACAAUUUACCUUAUGCCCAAUUCUCAUCCUAGGCCAUGCUUGCCUCGCCAGGUGCUAUCCCAAGGUAGAGAGACAUUGCUGUGGAUGGGCUGAAAGAAAACCUGGGCCUUGAGGAUCUUGUCCCUAAUUGUGGGGAGAAAUGUGUGACUCAGAGACUGCUGUGAAAUCUACAGUUGUAGAGAUCAUGCUGUCUGAUCAUCAAGGCUUUGUGGAGAGAAACUGUGUGUGUGUGUGUGUGUGUGUCAGUCAGUGUAAAGUUCGACACUGAUUGCUACAUUUGAUGUCAAUCACAUCACACAUGCAACAGAACUUGUAAAUGUUCAGUCUGAACUUGAAACCAUCACAGGAAGGGCCUCACUUUUAGAGACAAGGCUUUGGUCAGCGUGUAUUAUUACAUCUCACUGUACCAUGGACAUUGGUGGUUGUCCUACAAUACCUGUCCGUAUUGUGAACUGUCUGUACGGCAUGGUUAUAUUUCACUUCACCUCACAAAAAAACAAACAAACAAAAAUCAUCAGUGUUCUUUACUUUGAAUUAGGACACUUUCCCCAGGUUAAAUUCCUGAAGUUGCAAUGACUUUGCCGCAACCACACAUCAGAAAAUGGAUGAAGUCCUUUGGUGCCAUAUAGGACUACAAUUUUAAGUGGUUUUAAGUUAGGAAGUUAAACGUGUCACAGAUUUCUUUCUUCUACACACCUCACACGUGUGACCUCAAUUAUACUCAGUGCUUUGUUGUUGUUUUUUUUUUUUAUUGCAAAUAGUUCACUUGAUUCACAAUGAAAGGAAGCACCUCAUUGCUGUAAUAGUAGCUCGUAAUAUCUGACCAAGCCUUUCAAACUUUUUGUCUUGUGUAAUAAUGAAAAGGGAUGAACAAAUAAGAAAUAAUAUGAGCAGAAGGAAAAUUACAUGAAUUAUUGUCAUGAUGACUACUUAUCAUCUUGUUUGAAUAUUAAUGUGGGGUUUGGUUAAUUGACAGCACAUGAGUCACAUUGCACUUUCAACAGACAUGGAAAAAAUAAAAUGAAUAUGAUAUAGAA